CCCUGCCCAUGUUUUGUAUGUCUGUGUCCAUCCAUCUCCUGACGUUCAAGUUCGCGGGGACGUCACGUCCGCACUUGAACUUGCUGCUCAGGGGGGCUUUUGCCAUUUUUUCAUCUCUCUUUUCAAAAAAGCCAUGACGGCUAUCCCACAAUCCAUCUUCUCCGCGCCAUCUUUGUAUUAUUUCUAAUUUAUUUUGGAUGUCAAAGGCAUUGAUGAAGAUAUUUCCUCUGGAGUCUGCCUUCUAACCCGGCUCUCCCGAUGUGAACCGCGCUGAAAGCCACUAGUAACCACCAUGUCUCGCCGCAAGCAAGGCAAACCCCAGCACUUAAGCAAACGGGAGUUUACACCAGAGCCCUUGGCUGCCCCCAUCCAAGAGGAGCAGCAGGAACACAGGGUGCUCGUCGCUCCGGAAGGGGAUCAAGAUCUCCUCACUUGUGGCCAGUGUCAGAUGAACUUCCCCCUGGGAGAUAUCCUCAUUUUUAUUGAGCACAAAAGGAAGCAAUGCAACAGCAGUUUGUGCCUGGACAAGGCUUUGGAUAGGCCACAGUCGCCCCCCCAGAGUGAGCCCCGGAGGGCCCCCCGCCCCGUGGAGGUGGGAAUCCAAGUCACGCCGGAAGAUGACGAUUGUUUGUCCACUUCCUCCCGAGGAGUUUGCCCUAAGCAGGAAAACAUAACAGGUAAAGAUGAGCCCAGCAGCUAUAUCUGCACCACCUGCAAGCAGCCGUUUGGCAGCGCCUGGUUCCUGCUGCAGCAUGCGCAAAACACGCAUGGGUUCCGCAUCUACCUGGAGAGCGAGCAUGGCAGCCCGUUGACGCCGCGUGUGGCCGUGCCGCCAGCCAUGGGUGCCGACUGCACCUCGCAGCCGCCGCUGCACGGCCUGCACCUGCCCGAAGGCAGCCCCUUCAACCUGCUGCGCAUCCCCGGCUCGGUGUCGGGGCGCGAAGGCCCGCCCCUGCGUGAGGGCCGCUUCCCGCCAACUCCGCCCCUCUUCAGCCCGCCGCCGCGCCACCACCUGGACCACCAGCGCAUGGAGCACCUGACCGCUGAGGAUUUGGCCCUGGCCACCGCCCACCACCCCAGUGCCUUCGACAGGGUGCUGCGCCUCAACCCCAUGCCCCUGGACCCGCCCCCCCCCAUGGACUUCUCACGCAGGCUGCGGGAAUUAGCUGGCAACACUUCCACGCCGCCCCUGUCGCCUGGUCGGCCCAGCCCCAUGCAACGGCUGCUGCAGCCUUUUCAACCGGGUGCCAAGCCCCCCUUUAUGGCCACGCCCCCUCUUCCCACCAGCCAAUCCCCUUCCGGCUCGCAGUCCACCCCCAAUCAGCCGGCAGGCCAGUCACAGGGCACACCCAUGAAGACCAAGUCGUGUGAGUUCUGCGGCAAGUCCUUCAAGUUCCAGAGCAACUUGAUCGUCCACCGGCGUAGCCACACGGGUGAAAAGCCCUACAAGUGCCACCUGUGCGACCACGCCUGCACACAGGCCAGCAAGCUGAAGCGCCACAUGAAGACGCACCUGCACAAGUCCUCACCCAUGACCGUCAAGUCGGAUGAUGGCCUGUCCGCCACCAGCUCCCCGGAGCCGGGCACCAGUGACUUGGUGGGCAGUGCCACCAAUGCCCUCAAGUCGGUGGUGGCCAAGUUCAAGAGCGAGAACAACUGCCUGAUCCCCGAGAAUGGUGAGAAUGAGGAGGAUGAGGAGGAGGAGGAAGAGGAGGAGGAGGAAGAGGAGGAAGAGGAGGAGGAAGAGGGCGAGGAGGAGGAGCUGGAGAGUGAGAGUGGCCGUGGUGACUACCGCUUUGGCUUGAACCUGGAGGCAGCGCGGCACCAUGAGAACAAUGGUGGGCGGCUGGGUGCCAUCGAGGACAAUGGGCCUCGUUCGCUGCCCGAGGGUCUGCAGGACAUGGGGCUGGCGGCCAGCAUGCAGCACUACAGCGAGGCGCUGCGGCAGUGCAAGCGUAGUUCUCUCGGCAUCGACGGCGAGGUGCCACGGGACCUCUGCGACGACGACUCAACUCUGGACCGUGCCGACGAGGGCUGCGGCGGCGCUGUCAACGGACGUGGCUCAUCGCCCAGUGAGUCGGCCUCCGUCGGCCUCUCCAAGAAGCUGCUUUUGGGCAGCCCCAGCUCGCUGAGCCCCUUCUCCAAGCGUAUCAAGAUCGAGAAGGAGUUCGACCUCCCCACGCCGACCAUCCCCAACACGGACAAUGUCUACUCACAGUGGCUGGCCGGCUACGCCGCCUCCCGCCAGCUCAAGGACCCCUUCCUGAACUUCGGAGACUCCCGACAAUCGCCAUUCGCCUCAUCCUCAGAGCACUCCUCGGAGAACGGCAGCCUGCGCUUCUCCACGCCGCCCGGCGAGCUGGACGGGGGCCGCAGUGGCACGGGCAGUGGCGGCAGCACCCCGCACCUGGGCGGGCGACCCAGCUCCAAGGAUGGCCGGCGCAGUGACACAUGCGAGUUUUGCGGCAAGAUCUUCAAGAACUGCAGCAACCUGACAGUGCACCGGCGCAGCCACACGGGCGAGCGGCCAUACAAAUGCGAGCUGUGUAGCUACGCCUGCGCCCAGAGCAGCAAGCUCACCCGACACAUGAAGACGCACGGCCAGAUGGGCAAGGACGUGUACAAAUGUGAAAUCUGUCAGAUGCCUUUUAGCGUGUACAGCACCCUGGAGAAACACAUGAAAAAAUGGCACAGCGACCGCGUGUUGAACAGUGACAUUAAAACCGAGUAGAGCGACAUCCGGAACCUUCCUCCCUGUCCUCGGUCCCAGGUCCGCUUCCCCCGUUUCACCAGUCCUCCGGAGGCUAGGGGGUGACGUGCUAGGCACCAGCACACCUUGUUUCAUAUUUCUGUUGAAUGCAUGACCUGUAUCGGGGCAAUACGAUUGCAUCGACGCAAAUUUGAGCCUUUCUCUUGUGCAAUAAUUUACCUGUUGUGUACUUUUUCUUUUCUUUUUGUUUUUUUUUUUAAAUAUAUUUAGACAGCAUGUUUUGGCUACUUUUGAGAAGUCGUCCUCGAUCAGUUAGUCGUUGAGUAAAUGUGUUGCUGUUUCUAGUUUCUGUUUUGAGAGGAAUGAUUCAAGACCGUGCUGCAUACAUUCUGUGAUACAUAUCAUGUACAGCUCUGGGUCACGGUGUGGAGGGCGGGUGCACGGAGGCGGAGUCUAACCCCCUGGACAGGCUCACAGUCGCAGUUAAACUGAUCUUUGUAAAAGGUUUCUGUCCAUGUUGGGUUAAAGUGUUCGAAUUGGGUUUAGUGCUAAACAGUGGCAGCCAUAAAUUUCAUACAGCGACAGAAGUCAUCUGAUUCAAUUUGUACUAUCAUUAGAUGAAAAAAAUAAAAAAAGAGUGCCUUGGAUUGUUUUGAAGCUACGCUUGCUAAUCCUUCUACUAUUCCUUGUUGCUAUAAGCCCGGGAUCUCAGCUGGUUACUGGAGAAUGGGGUCCGUCAGCCCCAAAAGUAAGGUCCUUGCAUCAAGUGUACCUGAUACAGUUGACUCUGACAGAAUUUUUAAAAAAGUGAUGACAAAGGCAAGACACAUUUCCAGUUAAUCAUCUUUUAGCUACCUAUUAAUUGUGUAUUCUUUAAAUGCUGACUCUGUUUACUGGCAUGGUACAUACUGUAUUGAAUGGGGUUUUAAAAACUUUUUUGUUUGACUUUCCGGUACUGUAUUCGGCGGUACAGUGAAUCCACUUGUAAAUCAUAAGCUCUUGUAACUAUUUUUUUUAAUGAUUUUUAAGAACUUUGUCACUGUUUUUUUAAUAUAUAUGUAUAAGUAGAACAAAUCUCUGAUGUUGUUGGUUGGAUCUUCAGUGUGCUGACCAGGCAGUAUUAAUGACUAGAGCACCUGGAAUCUGUGGGCAUUUUAAUGCUGAAAAAUGGUGGGGGGGGGGAGUUCAGAGAUUGGAGGAGGUGUGUGUAUGUGUGUGUGUGUGUGUGUGUGUGUGGGGUGGACGGGUUGGUCGGGCAAAGGCGAUGGGUGGUGGGGGGGGGGGGGACGUGCUCAUCUGUGGCUUGCCUUUUCACAGGGGCACAACAAACUUUCCACGUCCCGGUCAGUGAUGACUGUCGCCCUAUAAUCGUCUCCUUCCUUUAACUCUCGAAAGCCCCCACCCCCCAAGAAAGAGGACGACAGGCAAAGAGAGCAUAUAUAUAUAUUAUUUUUUUUUAAAUGCUCGUCCAUCGCAUGCUAUUUGUGUUGACGUGAGUGACUCCGUCGUCGCACGGCGUUGGGCCCCGCCUGGUGUUCAGUAUAGCACUUGUCACUCUGCCGCAGACUCUGUACCUGUUUCCGAAUCAGAGGUACAGCGGUCGAGUAUAAAAGUAAGAUGGCUCAUCCGUAGGACGAAGUGAGGUGCACUGUUUGAAUUUCCCCCAGUUUACAGGUAUUACGCUCAAGGGAAAACCGGCUGCAGUUCUGGCGGUGAUGUGCGGCGUCGUUGCUCAUUGUAGGAAGCAGCAGGCUGAGAGGGUCUGCUGUGCUGCCAACCAUUCUCCUCCUCCAGAGGACCGGGCUGCGGGUAGCAGUGUGGUGACCGGGUACAUUUCCUGCUUAGAGAACGAGUGUUCCAGACUUGCUGCUUACACAGCAAGGAUUUUUUUUGUAAAAAAAAAGAAAAGAAAAAAAAAAGAUAAAAAUCAAAUAAAAAUGAAAAAAAAUACAAAAAAACUGAAAUAAAAAUAAAUAUUACAACAACCUUUUUUUGUAACACUUCAUUAUAAUUAGGGGGAAACUGUAUUUAAGUGUUUAUUGUUUUUGGGUUUUGCUUCUCUCCAUUUUGUCUUGGUGAACUCGAUCGAUCACUAUAUAUGUAUAUAGUGAAAAUAAUUUGUGAUAUUUUGGUUUGCCUUGCCUAUUCGCAGCUCUUCAGGUCAAACAAAACAUGCAUUUGGGAAAGGUUUAAGAUUAUAUAUAAAUGUAUAGAGAGUACUUAAAUAUAGGAAAAUGCACACACGUCAAUUCCUAUGCUAAAACACAUUUACGGUCUACUUUUUUCUGUAUUUCUAGAAUGGUAUUUGAAUUAAAUGUUCACCUAGUGUAGGGACUAUAGUAUUUAUAUCGAGACCUGUAUUUUUAUCUGUUGCUUGUUCUCUUAAAAAGGUAUCGAUGUACCUUUUUUUCGGUAGUGGGAAAAAAAAACAAGCUGCCACGGUCUAUUUUUUUAAUUUGGCAGGAUAAUAUAGUGCAAAUUAUUUGUAUGUUUAGAAAAACUGAAAACGGAAAACAAAAAUCUGUGGCUUUGUACAGACGAGAGGCCAUGUGAUGGUUCUGUCGGACGGUCCUUUUCCCCAUGUCCAAUAUAUUGUUGAAGCAGUGGCUGUACAGAACAUUUUUUUUCUAUUAUUCCUUUGACAUUCUGUACGCAGUGAUGCAAGCUGAUGUUGGCUCGUCCGUAGUGUGCUUUCUGUCUCUUCACUUCCCUCACCCGACUACAUUCCAGCAUCUUAAAGGAAUUUAAUGUCAUAUGCAGUAAAUCCGAACUAAAUAAAUCAAUAAGUAAAUAAUUGAGUAAAUAGUGUUUUAAAAAAAAAUAAACAUUUUGCAGGUUUUUCCUUUCUUUUUUUUCAUUGCCAAAAACUAAAUGGUGCUUUAUAUUUAGAUUGGGAAGAAAUUUUUUCAUAUGCAAAGCAUAUUUGAAAAAAAAAAAAAACGCAGAAAUAAAAAUUGACGGAUAAGCCCGCUUGAGUUGAUACUUUUUUUGUAAAUGGCAAUGCAGAAUAUUUUGUUAUCCGCCUUUUGUAUUCCUGUAUUGAGAGCUGUUUGUUGUAAACUGAACUUGAACUUUAUCUUUUACAAUGGGAGUCACUAUUUAUUAUUAUGUGUGUGUACUGUUCAAAACAGCGGCACAGAAAUGGAUAUUUUUUUUUUUGUUUUGAUUGUCUCAGUUGUGGGUUUUUUUGGGGGUUUUGGUUUAAGAAUGACCUCUGAAUAUUGGAAACCUACCUUUUUUUUCGUUCUAUUGGAGAUACCGCUGUCUCUGUCUGGACAGUUGUCUGCAUUAUCCUGUUUACACACCCAUUUUGUCCUUUAAUGAAAAGAAAUAAAAAAAAAUGGAAGUA